AUGAUCGUGUGUGUAUCAGUGCCACCUGGUGAGGGAAGAGUGAGGCGCAGCUUGCGCAACCUGCCCAUCAUCAACCCAGCGAGACUGCGGACAGGCGAAGUACUGGUGGACAAAGCUGUAAAGGUAAGAAUCUAAAAUAGCACAACCCUUCUGUCCAUAUACUGUAUAUGAUGCUUAAGAUAUAAAUGGUAUCUAUCUACAUGGCCUUAUCGCAUCGCUCUCUCUCUCUCAGAUGCGUAAGGUGUUCUCCAUACAGGGUCCAUACCCUGUGAUUCGGGCUGCCCUGAGGGCGAGGGGAUGGGUAGAGCGUUGUCUACCACGUCCAAACCAGUACUGGAGCAGUCGCCGUGGAGAUGAGGAGGAUGACGCUGACGACUAG